GAUUAUACUGCUUCUCAAUCUUUUCUGUCUUCAAGAUUGGUUUUUCAAAGUACAAAUUUACCUCCAUCUAAUGCUGUUUAUGGCCCUAAAGAUAAUGGCUUUUGGACGGCAAAGAAAGGAAAAACAACUUUCCCGUUUGCUUUCAAGAUUCCAAUUGAUGCCCCAAGUUCUGUGAAAUAUGGCAAUAAUGCUAACACAUUAUUUAAAUCAAAGGAAGCAUUUAUUGUCGAGGCUUGGGACAGUGACAAUCCUCUUUACAAAACACCCGUGGAUGCUGUUAAUAUGAAACAAUUAUGGAUGGGAGGACCUGGUGCUGUUAUGAUUGAAAGCUCUUUAACUGAAGCUCUAUUUCAAAGUGGUGGAAAUGUCAACGUCAAAGUUAGGGUAAAAAAUGAUACGAAAAGACGAGUAAAGAUUGAUGAAGUUAAAAUUGUUGGUGAAACUGUAGCAGAAGAAUGGUUCAAAGACAAAGAUUUCUGUUUUGAUUGUGGCGAAGAUCGAACUACAACUGUUCAUAUUCAUGUCCCGGUUAACCUCACAGUUCACCUACCUGUUAAUAUUGCACACUCCGCAUCAUUACAACCUGUACCUUUAGUUGACGCCGAUCUUAAUGUUUUUCCAAAUCACUAUAACAUGAUGGAUGAAAAUACUGACCUUUUUGUUGAAGAUGUGAGGAAAGAUGAUUCAGAAAUUCUUGGAAUAGCUACAUCACCAAUGAAUAUUCCUUCAAAGAAUGGUAGAAUUCUUCCCUGGUCAGACGAUGAUGUGGAAGAAGACAAAAAUAAUAGCUCAUCGCCAAAGGGUUCGGCUAUUUCAUAUAUACUUGGAUCUGUUAGCCCUAAAGGACUUGGGGCACUGGCUCAAUCGCUUCUUGGAAAACAGAAGCAAAUAUCACCAUCUUCACCAUCCAAAUUGAUCGCUAAAUCUCAACCAUUAGCUCCAGCAUCUCCUUAUGUAUACAUUCCAGCAAUUGAGCGUGUAAGAUAUCUUUCAUUUACUACUCAAGAACAAGGUGUCAUACAAAACAGACCAUUUGAUGAAUCUUCAAAGUCUAUUAUAAGUGGAUUUGGGUACUACGAUGGUCCACAUGAAAAUUCUCCAUCAGAAUGUGAAUUUUUGAAUCAAUCUUCUCCAUCAAAAACCGUUCAAAAAUGUCAAACAUGGUUAGAGAGUCAACAAAACGAUAGUUCUCCUGAUUCAAUAAGUGUUUUAACUGAAAGCGAACAAAUCACUGCACAAGGUGGAUCGUCUCCAUGGGCCCACAUAAACAAAGCACAAGAAAUUACUGGUGCUCUACACUCUAUGUCACAGACUACUAUUCCUUUUGAUCAACAAGGAAUGUCACCAAUUACAAUUCCUAAAAAAGAUACUAUCCUUCCAGAAGAUGCAUUUCAUAGAAACAACAAAACUGUAUCGUCACCAAAUGGACCUUCUGGUCUAACUUUGUUAAUGAGAUCACGACCUUCACCAUCCGUGCAAGAUGAUUCAUCAUCUACAAGCCAAUCUUACAAUCACAUUUCUAAAGGACGUCCUUUACCGGUACCUACAUCAAUAGAAAGUAUUGAAGAUGAUUAUGUUGACGUACAAUAUGAAGAACCAACGCUAAAAUCAGAUUAUCUCCAAGUUCCCGGGUUUGAGCAAAGUAGACCAAAGACGCCACCGAUUACAGCGAUGGGAGCUACAUUAUUUAAAUGGGGCACAUCAUUUAUUGGUUAUAAAGACAAUAAGGACAGUCAAAUUUCUAGUGAAAGCAAUCCAGUUGCGCAAACAGUCAACAUUCCAAGCACGGAGACUCUCAUAGAAGAGGAAGCAAUUACAGCAAGGCCUCGUCGACCUCUCCCUGCCAUUCCUAAUAGUGUCAUAAAAACCAAUGAUAUUUCAGAUAUGCCAGAUGAUAAAAACUCUCAUGAUAUACAAAGUAAUUCACAAAUAAUAUUAACAGAAGCUGAGGUUGCACCAGUAACUAGACCACGCCGUAACCUUCCUCCUAUACCUCCUAAGGCUGAUAUCUCUUCACAGACAAAGGAAGCAAAGGAUCACGAUUUAAAGCCUGAAACUUCUAACAUAUCUACAGCUAAUAAUAUUUCACUAAAUCAAACUACAAGUGUUUCUACAACUAUUGAACAUGAAGUUACUAUACCACAACCAAAGGUUGAAUCCAGUGAUGUAACCUCUAAACCCGAAAGUCCACCAAAAUCUACUAAGCCAAUCACAAAAGCAUCAAUUUUUGCAACACUUGGACAAAAGCCGUUAGGAUCAUCGACUUCUUCAGCUCAAGUAGCGCUUCCAAAGAAAACACCGAUUGUUCCAGAAAAAAAACCUGUUAACAUUAGUUCAUCAAAACAAACUGGAUUUAAUGUACCACGUAAACCGGUUAAUAGAAACAAUCCUUUAGUGGGAGAACAAAACGUAAAAUUAAAAAAUGAUAAUAUUUCAAAACCUGUAGUAAUCGAUAAUACACCAUUGAUUACUGCAGCACGAAAACCUUUAGAUAAUGACACACUAUCAUUCACUAUUCCUAAGCCUAUUGUUCCUAAACCUAUUGUUAAUAAUAAUAGUACACCAAUUGUUUCCGAUGUUUCCACGAAGCUUAUUGAUGAUAUGCCACUAAUUCAUGCAGCGAAAAGUGCUAAUAAUGAUAAUAUACCUUCAUUACCUUCACUAAUUACGAAACCUUUACCUGAAGUUAUACCACAGAUUGAACAUAAUGAAUCUAAACAUAUCCUUUCCAAUGAGACACAGGAUUCAACAAACAAAUUAAACGAUGAUAAUAACGAAAGAUUAUCAAGUUCACCACUAAAAGAUUAUUCUAAAAUAAUAUCAGAACCAACAACAUAUAUCAAUACCACAAUAGCAAAACCAAUAGUUAUAGCAGAUGUAUUGAAUGAAAAUAAAUUUGAUAAUAAAUUUUUGAGAAAAAAAAGAGGAAUGAGAAAUGGAAAAGGCGGAGAAAAGGAUGAAGGAAGCUUAACAGCAAAAAUUAUUGAACCGCCAAAACAAUCAGUUAGUCCUAGAAUACAAGAGUACAUAUCAAAAUAUAAUCAAGCUACUGGUGGAAAAUGA